CUAGUCUAUGGCCGAAUGUCGAAUUUGUCCAAUGUUCGUCUUUCCAUCAGUCACGAGACAAAUGUAAUAAAAAUCGAAAAUACAUCUAAAGACUACGAAACUUCAUUUUAAAUUCGUAUUAUAGCUAAAUAUGACUUCUAUGUGUUAUUGUUCUGCAAAAAUGUCUUCGUUAGUUUCAUCUGAUCUCUUGUGAAAGGCUGGUGUCAAAGUACGAUUCAACUAAUGAAUGAUGCAGUCUAUUUUCUGGACAGGGAGACUGCUAUCACGUGCUUUAAGAAAUGGACUAUCAAAUUUCUCGAGUGCUGCUGAAUUAAAUGUUUCGACGACAAAACACCCAUAUUUAGUUUCAGUAGUGUGUGGUUUUCCAAAAGACAUUGCUAAUGGAAGAACUCGCAAAGGACAAUUCGGUGACGACGCAUGGUUCUCCACCAAUUCCAGCAACGCGGAUGUUAUUGGUGUGGCAGAUGGUGUAGGAGGAUGGCGUGCUUACGGGAUCGACCCCGGAGAGUUCUCCUCGUACUUGAUGCGGACAUGCGAGAGGCUCGUCCAAAUGGGACACUUCAAGAUGACAGAACCAGGAGAUCUGCUGGCGAAGUCCUAUUAUGAAUUGUUGGAACAUAAGAAACCAAUAUUAGGAAGCAGCACAGCAUGUGUAAUGAUCCUAGAUCGGUCAGAGAGCGUGAUGCGGGCAGCAAAUAUCGGCGACAGCGGUUACAUGGUUGUCCGCGGAGGUCGCGUGGUGCAUCGCUCACAUGAACAGCAACACUACUUCAACACGCCCUACCAACUCAGCCUACCGCCGCCCGGACACGACCGGAAUGUGCUAAGCGACAGGCCAGAAUCAGCGGAGACGUCAGAGUUCACAGUGGAAUGUGGGGACGUGAUCCUGGUGGCGACAGACGGCGUGUUUGACAACGUUCCCGAGCCAGUAUUGGUGGCUGAGAUGAGACGCGCACAAAGCCUCGCCGGGGAAACGAAGAAGCUACAGGCUGUUGCCAACUCCAUCGCGUGGAUGGCGCGCAACCUCUCCUUUGAUGGCUGCUACAUGUCGCCUUUCGCUAAAAGCGCGCGACAGAACGGCAUUGAUGCUAUUGGGGGAAAACCGGACGACAUAACGGUGCUACUUGCUAUCGUAGCGCUAUGAAAAUGUCCAUAUGUGAUUUAUGUAGCUAGAUUCUAGGUACAUUUUUUUGUUGAAGAUUACUACAAAAUUUAGUUAAAUACUAGUGAUAAACAACGAAGCCAAAAAUGAAGUUUGGACCCUUUUUUUGUAACUGAUCUGUAAUUAUUUUUGGAUGCUUUUGGUUAUAAGUGAAGGAGGUGCCCAUUUCAUUUGAUUCAAUGCGAUUUAUCAAGAAACUGAUAUGUAUGUUUCUAAUCUGUUUUAUAUGUAUAUUUGUCCUUUAAUUGUUACAUUGUGCAUAGAAAUGUGUAAAUAAUUUUGUACUAUAUCUUCGGUUUUGUAAUAAUAGAUGUGUCUGUAUGAUCUCAAAAGUUGUUUGUAUGUUUUAUAGUGAUGUACAGGACCAGUCCAUGUAGUUGUCAAUAGGUCACCUCCUAAACUUGAUAUGGUCUACCUAUGUUAGAUUUCAACUAGAAUUGUUUAUUCAGAGAUAUCACGCUGUGACGUCACGAUCUGACUGUUGUGCUUCUAAAUUAUUGUGAUUUAGAUAGAUGAAGCUGCUUGAUGUCGUUGUAGUGCUGAAAACGUAAGUGCAGUUUACUUGCUGUAAGAUUGAAUGAAUUUUGAGUGUGUAAUUGGGUCAGCGAAAGUUAUCCGUGACCGACAUUACCAAACAACAGACCCACUUUCUGCUAUCUAUUGUGUUAUGAUUACACACAAAGUUAACAAUUCGAUAGAGUAUACAGACUUUUUGAUCGUUCUUGUUCUUAUAAGCGACAUACUGUGUGUGUGGUCGAUAAUAAAGAAGUCAAUUAAAAUGUAACUUUGCGAACGAAAAAUACUUAGCGUAAAUAUUUGUUCAGAACUCGCAAAAAAAUAAAGUUAUGUUAAAUGUUGUCGUAGUAAUUGAUAAUGUACACAGGUCUAUAAUGACAUGCCGAUUAUAAGAACACUGAAAAGUCAGAGUGUGCAGGUCAAUGCAUUGUAUAAUGAUAACAUUGUGAUUUUAUAUUACCUUUAAAUGAGUAUGUGAGAACAAAUCGUAUUUAACAUGAAAGAAAUAUCAUGCCGCCUUUUAUAUUUUGAUUUUGUUGGCCCAAUUGUAUAAAAUAGUGUCGUAAUUGUGUGAUUUCAAAGUUGAUGAGUAUGUCCUUUUAAAUAAUUGAUUUUACAUCAACUCUGUGUCUUGGAAUUGAGUGUGUGUUUGAAGGAAGACUGAAUACAACUAGAUAUACUGUUCUUGUUGUUACUAGUAGUUUUAUUAAUGUUACGAAACUUUAUUUGAAUGAAGCGAUCACAACUAACGGUUCUAUGUCUAAGACACUUUAUGUUCUUUUUAUACAUUUUUAUGUAAAUUAUAUGUGUUAUGAUUUGUAUGUGCAAUUAUUUUUCAAACAGUUAUUAGGACCAUUGUCGCAGCUUACACUUUGAUGUGAAUACUAAAUAAAUCAUAGCUGUUCUAUACAGCGGCAAUCGUUAUCAUAUUAACAUUAAUAUAUAAAUUGCAUUUGACUAUUAUUUAAUGUAAUAUAUUACUUGGCGAGUAAAACGAAACUGACCAAUAUAAAAAUCUAAAAAUAAUCGGCUUUUGUCAACAAGUCGCAAUCAUUGCGAACAAAGUUGGCAUUUCAUAGACGUGACAUAGUUCAUUGUAUUGAUGUCAUCGCCAUUGUAAGUUUCGUUUUAGUCGCGACCUCCAUGUUCAAGCAUUGUCGAAACUAAUCUAGAGUUCUUUGAGGUACUAAAUUGUUGUGCCGGAUUAGCCGUGGCGCACAAUUUGUAGAUGCAAAUCAGUAGUGAAACAGUAUCUAAAAAUUAGUGCAUAUUAAAAGUAUGUCGAAUGUAUUUAUUGGCUGUAAGUAAGUAGUCACUGAUCAAACGCUUAUCAUUACUUAUUUGCUCGGACUUAUCAACUAAUUGUGUUAUAAAAAUUCACCAUGAUAUUGCGUGAACAUAGAAUAAACAAUUCUGAUUACGAUC